CAUCCCUAGUAAAAUAUUGUUCGUGUUAAUAGAAAGACGUCGUAAUUUGUGAGAAGUGACAACUCGAAGGGAAAACUUAAAUAUCGUCUCCCCCCAGAAAAAAAGCAGACUGAAUUUUAUUGAAAAAAGAAACAAUUGCAAAAAAAGAACGCUUGAUCAAGGGAAAGAAAUAUCAUUGAAAUACAAAGCGAAAACGACGAUUUGCAUUGCAUUUUUUUUAUUACUCGCCCAAUACGUUGAAAAAAGUGGAAAGUGUCUCUUAUUCAUCGUCGAGCAGCACAACAGUUUUUAUUUUGUGAAGAAAAAAAUGUCGACUCCCGCACGAAGACGUCUUAUGAGAGAUUUUAAAAGACUUCAGGAAGAUCCACCAACCGGUGUUUCUGGAGCGCCCACGGAUAACAACAUAAUGAUAUGGAAUGCUGUGAUCUUCGGGCCACAUGACACACCCUUUGAGGAUGGAACAUUCAAACUAACAAUAGAGUUCACCGAAGAGUAUCCAAAUAAACCGCCAACAGUUAGAUUUGUGUCAAAAGUAUUUCAUCCCAAUGUCUAUGCCGAUGGUGGUAUUUGUUUGGAUAUUUUACAAAAUCGAUGGAGUCCCACAUAUGAUGUAUCAGCUAUAUUAACUUCAAUACAGUCAUUAUUGAGUGAUCCAAAUCCUAAUUCGCCAGCUAAUUCGACAGCUGCCCAACUUUACAAGGAGAAUCGCCGGGAAUAUGAGAAACGAGUGAAAGCUUGUGUAGAGCAAAGUUUCAUUGACUAGCCAUCCGCCGCCGUAGCCGCCGUUAAAGCCUUUAAUUUAAUAAAAAUUAAUCUUAAACAACAAAAACAACAUUUUCACCUGGAGUUCAUACUCACAAUCAUUUCCGUUUUAUAAAACCAAACAACAAAAUAAACUCUGUAUUUGCCACUACACCAAAAACUAAUCCCUCCUCUACUCUUGUUGCGCUCCCCAUUUCACAUGAAAAGGAAAACAAAAAAGAAUAUCCAAAAACCGAAAAAACCCAAAUAAUAAAUCAAAUUAUUGUAGUCAGCAGCAGACACACAUCCAGAGACACAGAAUUGUUGAAUAAACAAGAAAAAAUAUUUUAAAUUCUAUAAAAAAAACAACAAGAACAACAACUUAAAAAGUAAACAAAAGAGAAAUUAAUUAAAGUAAUUUUUAAUGAACUACAAAAAAACAAAACAAAAACAGGAAACAAAAGAAAAUAGGCUUUUAUUCUUUAGAAACAAACCACCAUGGUUUUUUCCCCUACCGGUCCCCAGCAAUUCUUUCUUAAAAUAGCAAUAAAUAAUUAAUUAUUAUAAUAAACAAAAAUAAGCAACAACAACAAAAUAUAAUGUGGUGGGAAGCGAUCAUUGUAUUGUUUCAAAAAAUACAAAAAAAGAAGUAGGAAGAGAAAAUUAAAAUAUCAGCUAGGCAGAGACAGGCAUUAUAAGUAAAACAGAAAACAGAAAACAGAAUCAUAAUAAAACAAAGUUAUCCUUGUCCCAUAUAUUCCCCCCCCCCCAGUCCCCCAGGAAAAACAAGUCGGCAACAAACAAUCUUUUUAAAACUCCAAACACACACACACUUUCUCACUCACUCACAUAAACAACUUACAUUACAUACGAAACUGAAAAAAAAACAUAAAAAUAUUAAUGUUUAAAGGAAACAAAUCAAUCUCUUCUUCUGUUCCUUCUCUUCGUUUGCCUUCCCCAUACCGAAAAAAAACAAAUAAAU